AUGCAAACAAAAAUGUGCCCUGACGAUAUGGCCUGGGAGCAAGCCGAGGAAACAUCGGAUAACUGGCUGGCUCAAUUCCUUGAACUCGAUAUUUUGAGACCAAUUGCAGACUUCAUCCUUAGUCAUAACAGAGGCAAUGGUACCGAGUUCGCUAUACUCGGAAAAGGCUCUUACAAUAUCUCCCUGCGUUUAAAAUACCGAAGCAGUGCUACUGUGAUCCGGCUAUCGCAGCCCGGUGCCACCCUUUUCCCUGAGGAAAAAGUCGCGAAUGAGGUUGCUAUCAUGCGAUUUCUCUUGGAUCAGACGUCGAUACCUGUUCCUUUCAUUCUUCACUCGGGGACGAAAAAGGACAGCCCCCUCGAGCUUAGCCCAUUCAUUAUGAUGGAUUAUAUCGAGUAUGAAACGAAAAUGUACGAUGCUCUCAAUACGCCGGGAUGUCCGAAAGAGCAACGCGGGGUUCUGAAUCCCACUAUCGACGAAAACAGGCUUGAAAUGCUUUAUCAGCAGCUCGCAGAUAUUCUGCUUCAACUCUAUACCCCCUCUCUGCCUCGCAUCGGAUCUCUCAACCAGGUAGAUGACUUUACCUGGGAAGUCACACGUCGGCCUUUGUCAAUGAAUAUGAACGAACUUGUCCGACUAGGAGGUUUGUCUCGGUCAAGACUACCUGAUUUAUAUACUACAUUCGACACGUCUUCAUCAUAUCUUGAAAUGCUUGCGAGUCUUCAUAUGGAGCAUUUGGUCCACCAAAGAAACGACUCUGUGGAAUCAGCAGAUGACUGCCGGCGAAAACUCGUGGCGCGGUAUCUUUUUCGCAAGCUUGCCAGGGAUAAGCGACUCACAAACCCCUUAUUCGAGAAAGGCCCUUUCAAACUCUGGUGUGAUGAUCUACGGCCGGCCAAUGUGCUGCUCAAUAAGAAUGAGCAAAUUACCGGCGUCGUAGAUUGGGAGUUUACAUACGCCGCACCCGUUGAAUUUUCCCACGCGCCGCCUUGGUGGCUUCUUAUUGAAAAACCUGAGCUUUGGUCAAAGGGCCUCGAGGACUGGACAAGGGUGUUCGAUUAUCGUCUGAAAACCUUCCUCAAGGCGAUGAAGGGUUGCGAGGACUCAGUCAUCCAGAAUGGUCGCUUUGCCUUUGAUGCAAUCUACUGGCAAAAGAUUGACCCGCGCUUUUUUGGAUCCACUAAAAAUCCCGAGGAAGCAUGGAGAGAGAGACUUCAUUUACUGGAUGAGAAGGAAAGGAGUGAGAUGGAAAUACUAGUGGCUCAGAAACUGAAAGAGAUGAACACUAGAGUUUUGUCAUGGGAUCCGGAUGACUAUACCUUGGCUUUUCGUCAACAGCUGAAGGGUCGAGAGCAAAAGGCAAAUGAAGAGAAUGCGAAGGUCGAGAAUGAUGAGUUAAAGUGA